GCUCAAGCGCGCUUUAAAGCACAUACGGAAAGGCAGAAUGACGUGAAAUCAGGUGGAGAGAAAAUCGCCUUUAGCCCGACGGAGCGAUGUCGCAGACGUUCGGCGGACCUUCGCGUUAACAACGUAACCCGUUUUAAAACGGAAACUGUAUCGAAAACAACAUUAUAAUAAGCUUUUAUUAGAUUCCAUGCAGUAGGUAAUGUCUUAGAGAGGGUUUGUUUUGCGUGAAAUAACCUCGGAGCGUCUUUUUUUUGGAUAAAUGGAGACGUUUGUGAUUUUCGGAUGAAGUGAAUAAGACUUAAGACUUAAGACGCCUCACGUUCUGAGAGGACUUACUGGUGUUUGCUGAGCGAUGCUGCCGCUACUGCUCUUCUUACUUUACUGGUGGAGCCAUGCCGGAGCUUCCCCACAGUCCUCACACUCCGCAGCCCAUGAGGGAGGUGAGUCAGGCCAAGAUGGCCUAAAGCCGCACAUAUAUUACUGCCGCUCUCCUUACAUGGAAACCUUUACUUGCUGGUGGCAUCCCCUUGACAACGGUCUCCAGGGAGAUGACAACCUCACCCACAGGCUCUUCUACACCCUAGGUAACAGGCCUCCAAGAGAGUGUCCAGACUAUGUGAGUGGUGGACCAAACAGUUGUUACUUUGACACAGAGCACACAAGGAUUUGGGAGGUUUACUGCAUGAACGUGACGGCCCACAGCAGCAGAGGUUCGUUCACCUCUAAAAAGCACUGUUUGGACGUGGCCGAAAUCGUCGAGAUUGAUCCGCCAUAUAACCUCACGUACACUUUAAUGAACAUGACUAAGGAUGAAGCCGGUUGCAACGUAUUGGUGUCCUGGCAGUACCCCAUUGCUCAACAGGUCCAAAUUGGAUGGAUUACACUCAUCUAUGAGCUACGUUAUAGAGCUAUGUCUGAGCCCAGUAACUGGAAGGUAAAGGAGCGGCUACGCGAACCUCAUCUGGAGCUUCUAGGCUUGUCAUUGGGGAGGUAUGAAGUCCAAGUGCGCUGCCGCUCAAACAACAACCACCUGUGGAGCAAAUGGAGCGCCCCGAUUACCAUCGUCAUUCCUUCCAGACGUCUGCCAGAUCACAUGGUCUAUGGUCUUGUACUAAUGACUACCAUUGUAGUCAUAAUCUUGCUCCUCAUUGGAUUUGGGAUUAUUCCACAAGGCAAGAGGAUAAAAACUUUUCUCCUGCCACCAAUCCCCAAACCCUGCAUCAGAGGAAUUGAUCCCAUGCUUCUUAAGCAAGGCAAGCUGGAUGAGAUUAAUUAUCACUUCUCAUCCCUGCAAGGCUACAAGGCACCACGCUACUGUGGGGAGCCAGUGUACCACGUCAGCAUGGACGAAGAUGUCUUUUUAUCUCGACUGAGCUCUAUGACUAGCAUCCAGGAGAAUAAAGAGCCUCAAGACACACAGAGCCCUGACUGCAAUGAAGACCAGCAGCUACUUCACACCCCUGAUGUCCCCAGUCCAGACUGCCAAGACCCUUUCUUCUGUAGCAAAGAGACUUCAGAGCCGAUCAUGACUGAGGCCACUUUGUGGGUUUGGCCAGAGGAAAGCCACGUGCAGCCGGAGCUGCUCUCAUUCCCAGGGACGGAAUACAGCAUGAUUGUAAACCCUGCACCGACAAAUACCAGUAUGCCACCCAAAACUCAGGAAUUCUACACCUGUGUGCAUGGAGUAACCACCAACGAGAUGGUACAGCUUGUGCCCUGCAUGUCGAAUUCACUCAGAGGUUCCUCUUAUUCUGAGCUAAAAGAUAAGCCAGAGGAAGACACAAUGAAGCUCAGCCAGUUAGCAGCCUUCUUGGAUAAACAGGUGGAAGUUCAAGCCAAUGAAAUGAGGUUUUACCCAAAAGAGGGGGGGCAGAAUGAGUAUGUUGUACCUUUAUUACCCCAUCCAACAGACAGGAGCUAGGUGUUGUGUAAAUAUGUGUAUGGCAGUUUGUACUCAUCAUGUUGCUAUGAGUAAAUUCUGGAAAGGUGAAAGGGUGAAAGACGGGAAAUCAAGUUUGGACCAAAAACGAGUUGUUCUGGUAUUAAUAACAUUUUAUAUCUCUGAUUUAAGAAUUAAUUAUUAUUUAUUAUUUAGAUUCCUUUCUAACCUUGCCUUAGCUGCCUUCCUUCACCCUUCAGCUGUAUGUUUGUGUUAUCAAACCUCUGCCACUAGGUGGCGAAGACGUUGCUUUUUCAGGUUGUCCAUCCUUAUGUCUGUGCAACAAUCUCGUUAGCCAGAUAUCUCAAGAACAAGGGUUUGAAUGUUUAAAUGGAAAAUCACCGUAGCCGACAGAUGAACUGAUUAGACGUUGGAAGUGAUCCAGUCAGGCUCAAGGUCACAACAGUAUCUGAGUUUUUCUUUAUUAGCUUUCCUCCUGUUUAAAGUAUGUUGUAAUGGCAUUCCAGGCAUACAGAUUAGUGACUAGAAGGACUAGACAUGUUGGCUAUGGAGCAUUUCCAGGUGACAUUAUUGACAUAAUAGUUCUACUUGUAAUUGCCAUUUUGUUUGGUCAGUUCUAUUUAAAGAUGUUCUUUGCUGUUCAUGUCGUUAUGGAGUGUGUAAGUGCCCUCCUCGAUUAUCACCAGGAUGUGAAGACGUUUUAGCACUCAGUAUCUGAUUGCAAACUUAACUGAUUAUCUUUAUGGAUAUGGAUUAUCCUAAUGGCCAUCAAAUAACUAAUAUCUAAAAAGCCGAUUAAAGCAUGAAAAAAAAACUGAUAUUCAACGUACUCGCUGCAUUCACUGGAACAUUUGGCAAACCGGCUUUUUGCCAAUUAGGAUUUUUUUGCUGCUCUAAAGCAAAGCUAUAAAAGAACCGAAAUAAAACAUUUCUACUUUGUUUUGGUAAAUCAUUUGUUUUCUUAAAAUAGAUAUGCCAAAAUAUAUUAUUGGCAAAAAAAUCAGUCAAAACCAAGCUUUUCGUCUUUUCUCAUUAGAAUCCCAUUCUUUUUCCAGACCAACUCGCAUAUAUCAUGGACUUCAGCACACACGCAAAUUACAGAUAGACGUACACACCUUUCGUACGGUACCUGAACAGUCGGUGUACAUAAGUUUUGAUACACACACCAAAAACCAAAUGAUAUGCACACAAACAGGAUGCUUUAGUAAUGAGCAACUUAAGGAUUAUCACUGGGUGUUUUUUUUUUUGUCGAUUCUGGUUGCCUGCCCAAACACAGUCACGUGUGCAAAGUGAAUAAAGCCUAAGAGGACAGAUCAUCCUUCAUCACUGCUCUUUGCCCUUUUCUGCCAAAUCACAGCUGAAUGUCACUGCUUGUCUUUUCAGAUAUUUCAGCCACAUUCUCACAAACUCUGAGAACUUCACACGUGAGCUAGAGACAGUCAGUCAGUCACCUGCCAAUAAUUGGACUGUUCCAUCAAUUGGGGCUACAAUUAAACUACAUACCUGAGUAUAUUGAUGAUAAAUAUUCAUCAGUGUAAAUUUUUAUCGUCAUUUACGGCAUUUGGCAGACACCUUUUAUCCAGAGUAACAUUAUACUUAUAAUAUAAUAAUAUAUUAUAAUAAUAUAAUAUAAUAUAAUAUACUUAUUUUCACACAACUGAGCAAUGGAGGGUUAUUUGGAAUUUUAAACUCACAACCUUCCAAUUGGUAGCCCAGCACCUUAACCACUAGGCUACCACAUCCCCCACACACAGGAGCUGAUGUAUGGACAGAAUCAAAGAGCACCUUUAGCAGAAGUCACACUUGUUUGGCAUUUUCCAAUUCGUUUGUUUUUAAUAGACCCAUGAAACCCACACACUGCUUGCUCAGGUUAUAAUGAAUGAGUUUAUUUGUACUUAAUCAGGGGCAAUGCACAGAGAACAUUAGUCUAAGGAAGAAGAGAUGUCAUGUGCCAGGUUAUAGCAAAAAAAAAAAAAAAAGCUAAUUUCCAUCUGCAGUCCCUAGAGAGAUGUUACAGAUAAAGUUAAAUGGUAGAUGUUGUGUAUAUAUCUGACCAAACACUAUAAGUAAUGGGGGGAAAUAAAUAAAUAAAUAGAUAGAUACUGUUAUUAUAGAGUACACUUUCACUGGUUGCUUCUAGACAUGUUUCUGUCAUAUUGGAAAUGGCUUCAUAGAACAACAGUUGAACAACAUCAUUGUUUUUUGUAGCCCUGGUGUGAAACACCCCGAACUCACAUCAAACUGGAACAAACCAGAACGCUGUACAGAAUUCAUUCAUUCAUCUUCAGUAAACACUUUGUCAUGUUCAGGACAAAUGUAGCUCCAGAGCCAAUCCCAGCAAUAUUGUGUAUAAGGUAGGAUAAUUGGCUACCAGUAUAUGACACGGUUAAUCUGUUAAACUUGGAUGUUUUUGGGAGGUGGAAGGAAACCAGACGACCCGCAGGAAACCAACCUGUAUGGAGGGAGAACAGGGAAAACUCCACUCAGGCAGUAACCUGAGCUCAGGAUCAAAAGCAGGACUGUAAAGAUGUGAUGAGGCAAUAAUGUUAUCCACCCUGAGGACAAUCAUACAAAACAAAUAAGACAUUUUAGGGUUACUUUAGUCCUUAAGAGACGCUGAAGUACCACUUCAUAUGUCUGACCACAGCCAAACAAAAUGAUAAACUAAAGGUGAAAGUCCUCUUGUGUGCUCUCACUACUUUCAAAUACAUUCCUGACAAAGAGAAGCACUUACUUAUGAGUGCAUCUAUUUCUACCGCACGAUCAUAGCAAUUUCUAGAAGAGAUCCAAGCUAUGCAGUGAAUCCUCUAAACCAGCUCGCCAGAUGUCCUCAGAAACCUAAUGGUUGUCUCUUGUUCUUUUAAAAAAAAAAAAAAUCAGUAGGCUUAUUUUUUAUUUAUUUAUUUAUUUUGCCAUGCACAAAUACUUUAUUCCUGUUUUUAUAUUAAACAAAGCACUGUGUGAUCAAUGCAAGCAAUCUUUGUUUCUCUUUUGUUGUUGUGUUUUUUUUGUUUUGUUUCUUUCUUUACCCGUGCCAGUUCAGUAAAAAUUUUAUUGAUCAUGUAAUGUACAAACUUUAGAGUUUCUGUGUGAUAUUAUUUUUUAACAAUGGACAUCCUUACACAGCUGUGCAUUCGCUGAUCAUCGUUCUCUCUUUCUUUCGUGAUUCAUGAUUUUUAUCUCUUCGUUGUAUUAGACCACUCGUGUCGUUUACCGCAUCGUGAUGUCAUGUGACUCGUCGUGUGUUGUGCUGCUUAGACAUGUUCGUGCCUUUUAUUGUAAUACAGAAGAGCAAGAUGAAAACGAUGACUAUGGGGCGUGAUCAUGGAGUGAAGAUGUGAACAGCUUGUAUGUGUUCUGCAUAUACUGUAAAUUAGAUUGAUGUAUAUAUUUUUUAAAUGUAAGAUGAAACCUAUUUUUGUUUCAAAGCACUUUCCCAGGUAGUGAAUAAAAUAAACACAUGGCCUUUAGAUGUAACGGACACAUCUUGGUAUGAAAUCACAAAAUACACAAAUACACACAGGUUUACAUAUAAGUUGUGCCUUCACUUUAAAGUUUUUCACCAGCAGAUGGAACCAUAUGUCUCAUAAUGACCAGGACACCACACACACACACACACACACACACACACACUGCAAGGGAAAAGCAUGAAAGCAAGCAAGCAAAGAUGAUUUUGUUUUUGUUCAUUGUAAUUGACUUGUACAAAUAAGACAAUUUGUCAAGUAUAAUUUUAAUAAAAUUAUUUGUUGA